AUGGAGGUGUUCAAGCCCCCCGAUGAGCAGUUCGACGCAGGCACCGUACAGGGAGGUGACGAAGUGUUCUUCUUGGAUUACACUGGCGAGCCCAAGUUCGUCUUGGGACUGGCUCAGCGCUGCGCCCGCUGCACGGUCCUGGACCACCACGAGACGGGCCUCGUGAAGCUCCGCGAGGAGCUGGAGAAGGUGGCGGCGCCGUCCAGCCUGAAGCUCGUCCUGGACGUGAACCGGUCGGGGGCCACCAUCGCCCUCGACUACUUCUCCUCGAGGCCGCUUCCGGAGCGGACCUCUGGCGGACCAGGGGAGCCCCCGUCCAAGCGCCAGCGGGCCGAGGCCAAUGUGGAGUGGACGUCCGACUACAGCCGCCUCUUCCGGGGCGAGGAGGAGAGCAAGCGUCUGCUGCGUGUCUUCCGCCUGAUCGAGGACGCCGACAUCUGGAACUGGUGGCUGGAGGGGAGCAAGGACUUCCACGCCGGCUUUGCCGCGCUCAGGCUGGACAUGAACCCAACCACCAACCCCGAGCUGUUCAGCACGCUCCGAGCUCUGAGGGUGGAGGACAUUAUGAAGAAGGGUGCAGAGGACCGCAUUGCGCUUGAUCAGGCGAUCGCAGAGGAGAUGAAAGGCACGUUCGAGUUGCAAAUUCCAGAGGCUGGCGGUGUGCGUUGCCUGGGCGUGAUGACCGAGCGAGGAGACCUCCGCAGCGCCCUCGGGCACCAGGUGGCGGUGAUGUCGCAGAAGGCAGGCAUGCGCGGCUUCGGCUGCGUCUGCUACGCGGCAAGCGGGCUGCCCGAGGGCAAGGUGAAGUGCUCCGUCCGCGCCGUGGAGGGGGAGAACUCCCUCGAGGUCACGGAGAAGUUCGGCGGCGGCGGGCACAAAGGAGCCAGCAGCUGCAACGUCGACCUUGCGGCCCUGGAGAAGUGGAAGGCGGCAGCGGGUGCCCGCCCCUCCGCGCCGUAG